UAUUGAAUUCAAAGUGAGUGACUAAUAUCAUGGGUUGGCAACUCUGAGUACAUUCCUAAUACAUCUACUGAACUAUUGAAGAUAAGUUAUGGUUAUCAUAAUCUAUACCGUUUUAUCGACACCGAGCCACCGACUACCGAGGCCUAAUGGGCAAAAGCCCCUCCUGGCUCAUGUCAACAUUGAACGUACUAAAUAAUAAUAGGUAGUUCAUAAUUCAUUGUCAUCUACGUUCUAUAUACAGUUAUAGUACAAUCAGUUUGUGGCUUUGUGCGAGUAUAUGGAUUUAUCAAUUAUAAUUAAUAGUUUAAUGUGAAAUUUAUUAACUAUUUAAUUUAAUAAAACUAAUUUCUUCGUUCCAUAUUAUUCGUUCUUGUUCUAUUUUAAUAAGUUAAUGUCAUUGAAGUAUGGCCAUGUGGACGACGUUUACGAAUACAGGAACUUCAGAUCCAAGUCGAGAAUCUGGUUUAGGAAGUGAUUCUGACAACAUGGCUGAAUUGGCACAGCUGUUACAAGCUGAUAUACCGGAAGGUCGUAACAGUUUGACAGACAGUCAUGUAAAUUUAGAGCGUGUUGCUGAAUACUGUGAAGGAAAUUAUUUUCAAGCUGAAAAUAAACGAUUGGCUUUAGAAGAAACAAAAAACUAUACUACCCAGUCGUUAGCUAGUGUUGCAUAUCAAAUAAACACACUUGCCUAUAACUUUUUACAAUUAUUGGACCUUCAAACUGUUCAACUAUCUGAAAUGGAUAGUCAAAUCAACCACAUUGCUCAAAAUGUAAUGAUUCAUAAAGAAAAAGUUGCCAGACGAGAAAUUGGUGUAUUGACAGCAAAUAAAACAACAAACCGUCAAUAUAAAAUCAUUGCACCUGCUAAUCCAGAAAAGCCUAUUAAAUAUGUUAGAAAACCAAUUGAUUUUACAGCACUUGAUGAUAUUGGCCACGGUGUUCGUAAUACUCCCCGUAUGGUCCGUCAACCAAUUUCCAAUAGUUCCAGUGCUUCAACUAAUAUGUCAUCUGUUGGUCCUGCUCCUACAAUCAAACCACCUACUCCUCCAGCAGUUAUACGAGCAACUGGAUCAUUGAGUAAAGGGUCUCGUGAAUAUCGUACCCCUCCCGCCGUUGCUCCACCACAAGUUCCCAGUCAUUAUGCUCCUAAUUAUCCACUAGGCCAUGUUAGACGUGAAAAAGGACCUGGUUAUAAUACUCUUCCUCUACAUCACACAUCGUCAUCUAGUAGCAUACAACAAUCUCCAAUCAUUGGCAUGGUGCAUCCAAUGCAGCAGUCGGAACAACCAUCAUCUUUAAACUCUAUGCCUCCUCCACCGUCUCCUCAUACAUUAAACACAAGAAUGGGAGUUGGACCAGAUUUGUUGGACCAUCAUCUCCAUCAGGCUCCUUUUUCAUCAAAUACUGACCAUUAUCGUUCAAAUACUUCUCAACAGUCAUCUACAGACCAUUAUCGUUCAAAUAUAUCUCAACAAUCUUCUACAGAUCAUUAUCGCUCUAAUACAUCGCAACUAUCAUCUACUGAUCAUUAUCGUUCAAAUUUAUCUCAACAAUCAUCUACCGAUCAUUAUCGUUCAAACAUCCCUCAACAGCCACCUACUGAUCAUUAUCGUUCUAACAUUACCCAGCUAACAACUACUGACCACUAUCGUGCAAAUACCUCACAGUUACCUGGUAUCUUAAAAAACUCAUCACAAUAUCAUUCUUCAUCUGCAGUAGUCACUUCCCCUCAACAGCAACAUACUAGACAAGCAUCAGCUUCUCCGCCAUUACCACCACCUCCAGAAGAUCAUUUUGGUCAUAUUGCUGCUGGCCCAAUUGUACCCCAAGAACCUGAUCUUCCAGGAUGGGUUCCUAAGAAUUAUUUGGAGAAGGUAAUUGCAAUUUAUGAUUAUUAUGCUGAUAAAGACGACGAAUUAAGUUUUCAAGAAAAUUCAGUUAUUUAUGUCCUAAAGAAAAAUGACGAUGGUUGGUGGGAAGGUGUAAUGGAUGGCAUUACAGGCUUAUUCCCAGGAAAUUAUGUUGAAGGCUGUAAAUAAAGCAUAUAUUUACUUUUUAUUUUUAUAAAAUAUUAAUAAGCUUUUACUAUGAAAUUAA